CGAUGUUCACACCAUGUGGGACCUUGUAGUAGGUGGUGCUGCGAAGUAACCGUAAAUGAAGCCGCUGCAAUAGAUAGCGACCCAUCAGACUUUAACAAUAUGACUUUCUAGCAGCUAGAGUUACAGCGCUUGUCGAACGGUGUUCUUGGCUGCCAUGGUAGCUAAAUCUAUAGCGGAGUCAAGCUACGCCGGGAGCGGUGGUUCCUCGGCUUCAACAAACUCAAGGCGUGUGCGGGUUGGCCAGGAGUCACAGGAUGGCCAAGGUGAAAACCUCUUAGAACGUCGGUCUUCGCUAGAGAACGGAAUCUUCGGCGUCUUGUUUACCCUCAGUAAGGAGAACAGCGAGUCACACAUCCGCAUCCGCUGGGUGCUUGUUAAGAUCCUGCUGGACGGCUGGCAGCUCUUCACCACUGUCAUAUCACCCGCGGAACAGGGAUGGGCAAUCAAGAGCAAUGGAAUGGCCUGGUCAGUGGUCUCAGUGCUCAACUUCACCUGGCUAGCGGAUCUGGGCUACGGUGCCUACAUUGCCGUGCUGUACCUCAUGCUGACCCUGCUGGCGGUCAACGUGGGCAUGUGCGUGUGGGUGGCCUGGUGCUUCAAGGAACAAAAGUUCCCUGUUGUGUGGCCCAUCAUGGUUCUGCGGAUCUUCAGCAGCGUGUUUUUCCAGGCGUUCGAUGUGGCGUCGCUGAACCUGCUGCAGCUCGGCAUCAGCUGCCGCUACACGGGCUACGUACAACCUCAUCUGCACUUCAACCUCUUCCCACAAUACAGCUGCAGCGCCGCGCCACACAUCCUGCACGCCAUUGUAUCCGGGCUGUGCCUGAUGCUGUUCGUGGCCAUUGCGCUGCUGCUCAACAUGGCGGAGGUGGAGGUCAACCCCAAGUCACGACGGCCGCUUGCCCUCGGUCACAGCGGGGCAGAAUUGGCGGCUUUUGCCAUUAAGGUGCUGUUAACGCUGGUCAACGUCUUCUUUGGCUGGAGGCGUGUGGCUGCCUGCUGCUACCUUGCGCUCUCACUGGCCCUCGUUUACCAGUACCUGCGAUGGAGCCCCCACCUGGUUGCCUGGGUCAACUACCUGAAGACGGGCGUAUCCACCACCGUCGUGUGGUGUGCGGCAACACUCAUGCUGCUGGUGUUCGAGCCCGGGGUGAAGCAGCAGGAUCGGGAACACUGGUCGAAAUUGAUGACCGUGCUGAUGCUGUCGGGACUGGCGCCUGCUUUUGGAGCUGGCGUGCUGAUGUCCCGCACCAUGAUCCGUCACCUGACCAACAAAGCUUUUAAGUCUGUUGUGAACGCCCCUCCCGAAUGCCAACUAAUGGACUUGUUGGACGUGGACGGCCCACGGGACAUCGAGAUUAUUGCAAGGUGCUGCCGUGUGUGGAAGGAUAUGUACACGCUCGAGCCCGACGGUAUUAGUAAGGCCCUUCACUUCAUCAAGGCUGGCCUGGCCAGAUUCCCCGCCAGCGCCUACAUGGUCCUGCUGCACGCCAACUUCAUGAUUGACGUGCUGGGGGUCAGCCAGAGUGGCAGCCGUCGUAUUGAGGAUGCGAGGAAGCUAAAUCCUGGACUCAUGUGCCGCUUUAUCAUGUUUGUACGACAACAGCAAGCCACGCAAAAAGCCGCAGGUCACAGUGCCAAUGACGGAGCUAACAUGGACCUCCUGGGCUAUGUGGAAUACCAGCGCAAGCAGCGCAUGGUCAUUCGUCUGCACCGGGAGGCGCUGCAGGCCAUGUGCAACUUCUGGAAAGCACUGGACAUGUCGACUGUGUCAUUUACGCAGCUGAGCAAAGCGCUGGGAAAGAUUGAGAGCUCCGUCUCGCAGGCUCAGACGGCAUACCGUGUCGUGCUCGAGAGCUACGGCAACAACCCCAAGCUUGUGCGUCUGUACGGCAAGUUCCUACAAAACAUCAAGAACGACCCAUGGGGCGCGGCGGAGUACUUUGCUGAGGCCGACAGGCUAGAGGAAGUGAAGAACAACGACUCUGCGGGUCCGCUGCUGCCUGACGGCACUCCGCUGGGCCGCAUGGACGAGAUGGACGUGGCGGUGCUGGUGCUCAACUCCACGGGGGACAUCCAGAUGGCGAACCGACAGACCCACCACUUAUUUGGCUACAAGCGGGGCUACCUCGAGAGCAAGCCCUUGAGCACCCUGCUUGCACCGCACUACAGCCGGCGCCUGUCAGAGCAGCUGGCGUCGUUGGUCGCUACCGGGGACCUGGUGAAGGCGGGCGGAGAAGGACGUCAGGGCGUUGCCAAGGAGCUAAUGAUGCUGGGUAUGCAUUCCGACCGGCUGGCGUUCCCGGUCAAAUUGUCACUGCGGAAAGCAACUGGUGUGGGCGAGGACUCCACCAUCCUGGCGCUCAUGGAGCCGCUGCCGCCCGCCAAGAACCGGGCAAGCCUGUGGGUGGCGCCCAAUGGUAGCAUCGUCGCGUGUGACCCACAGUUCGUAGCCAACUUCGGGUGGAAGCCAGCUGAAGUUCACGGUGCCAACGUCACGGCGCUCAUUGUCACCCGCACCAAGGAGCAGCUGCUGGCGGAUGCAGCAAUGGCGCUUGCAGAGAUGGGCGACGGCGUUGCUUUGGGGGAAGAGGAUGAAGAGGAGGAGCAAGACGAGGACAGGAUCGCACGCAUGGGAGAAAGCGCCUGCGACCUGAUUAAGAGGUUGCAAGCAAUUUCCACCGGCCCAAGGCUCCAGCAAGGCCUACAGUGCUAUGUAACACACAAGUACGAUGAACACCCUAUAACAUGCAUGGUUAGCAUCUUCGCAAAAGGCGCUGCUGAUUUGGCCGUCCACGAGCUGCGCAUCCGCCUGACCGCUGCUGACCCCACGCAGCUCCUUGUGGUCGACCGAAAGGGUGUCAUCGCGCAUGCAUCGUCGGAGCUUGUUGCGAGUCUAGGUGUUGGGAUAGUGGGCGCGGGGGCAGCAGUUGGUGCUCCAGCCGGUGCAGUCAGCGCUGUUGGCGCAGCGGGUGCCAACGGCAGCCAUGGCCAUGCACUGGGUGGUAUGGCUGCCCGGGACUUACUACACAACUACGCGUUGACGGAUUUCCUGCCGCCGCCGUGGAAGGACAUGCACGUCAAGUACAUGAAGGACAUCACUGCUCUCAGCCCGGCCAGCCGAAGCCUGUGGACUUGCCGCAAGAUGCCUCCGCCCUCCUCCGACUCAGUCCCCGCUGGCUCGUCCCCUCCUCCCGGCCCUACUCUGGAGCUGCGCACUGCCAGCGGCAGCCCGCUCUUCAUGCGCGUGUCGGUCGCUACGCUGGACAAAGCUGGGGAGCCGACUCACGUCAUACGACUGGCAAGGUCUUCCCUGGGGGCUGCACUGGACGAGCGGCGCAUGCGGCUGAGUGUUUCCCCGGAGGGUGUCAUCACGGCGGCCAGCAAGGAAACCCCGCCGCAGCUGUUUGGGCUAGAGCCGCAGCAGUUCGUUGGGCAACGCAUUUCGGACAUUAUCGAGGAAACAUCUCCGGCAUCUGCUGUUGGCACGGUGAAAGCGCCGGCUACACCAUCGGUGCAGCUGCUGAAUCAGUUCGUAAGCCGGGCGCUGUCCCAGCCUGGCUGCAGCUGGCGUGUGCGUGUGCUGGCGCCCGCUGCCGCCGCCCCCGCUGCCCUCACCUCUGGCAUGUUGGCGGAGCUAUCAGUAACGGCCCUGGCGAACAUGACCAAGGACGCAGUCAUGGUGGUCCACGUGGAGUUGCCGUACAGCCAAGCUGCUGCAACCUCCGCCCCUACUGUACACGUCGAUUUGUGGCCGACUACCAGCCUCACAGCCGUGUUGGAGCUGAAUGCCUCGGGCCGCGUGAACGCAGUGCUUGAAGAGCGCACUCGACCCGCGGGUCUGCUGUUCGGCGUGCCCACACAGUCGCUGGUUGGCAGCAUGCUGAGCGGGCUGGUCACGCUGCCGCCUGGUCGCAGCAGCCCCAGUGAGCUGCUGUCCCUCCACGGCGCCAAGAAGAGCAGCCUCAAGGCGGACAACAAGGAGGCCAGCGUCAAGGUCGGCCCACUGCACGUGCUGCAGGGCGCCCACUCGGACGGGCGGCCGCUGGUCCUGGACGUGCAGAUGGUGGGCAAGCCGGGACCCAACCAGCCGGUCACCGCCAUACUGCGAGUGCAUGCGGCGCCCAUGAUGCCGGGGAUUGCAACGGCAACCCUGGUGCCUGCCGCGCCUACUGUCAACAUUACACAGGCGCUGGACAGACAGAGCAGCUCCCUCAUGAAGGGGCUGCCCACAGGAGGAAGUGUUGUGGCUGGGGCGGCCAGGAUAUCGCUACCACCACCUCCCAAGACCUCUUCUUCCAGGGCAGGAACAGCAGCAGGUGGGGUCAGGACCUCAGCAGUUCUCAUUUCCCAGGGUUCACGACUGUCUCUACCGCCAGCCGACAAAGCGGAGACACCAAGCCCCCGGCUCAACACGCCUAGCCCUGACGUCGGCGUGUCGAGGACCGGUACAGCAACAGCUGUACCAGACAUUGCAGCUACCGCUGGGGACGGUUUCAAACAAUCUAAGCGUUCCUCAGGCUUGGACCCUGACAAGCCUGAGGAACGCUUGGACCCCAAAACACCGGUAAAUAUGACCGAUGGAUUGGAAGCCAAGGUCAAUUUAGACGCGUUAUGUGUCGUUUCACCUGGGGUUCCUAUCGCAGCGACCAAUGCUGGAGAUUCCACUGCAAUGGAGGAGGACGCAGGGGCGCCUUCUUCUCCCGCACCUGCGCCUGCGCCGGCUGACUUGCUUGCGGACACGAGGGAUGGUGAUCCGCCGCCCGGGGUGGCAGCAGACAACAAUACCGCGACACAGCAAGUGGAGCGAACAGUGCUUUCAGAGCUUGUCAUGUCAGCAGUAGUUGACGGAGCCGGCAUUGAGCGCAGCGGCGGUAGCAGCAGUGCCAGUGGCAGAGUCAGGCAUCUGCUGUCACGUGGUGGGGAGGGUGAAAGCGCCCCGAGGCUUCCGAGGCCAGGCAGCAGGUUGAGGAACACCACGCCUGGUAGCAAGGCCGGCAUUGGAGCCGGCAGUGGCGAAGGAAUGGUGAUGGUGAAGAAUAUGGGCUUAGGCUUCGGGAAGACGUCGUUGCCUGGCACACCUUCAGAGCCAAUUGCGGAGGAAGACAUGCUGGAGCUGAGAAGUCUGUUGAGCCGUGGGGCGUCUGCAGCUCAAGACCUGCCUGGAAGUGGCGUCGGCUUGUCGCGCCCAAGCCUUAGUGAGGGGAGCGACAGCGAGCAAGAGGCGGGCAACGAUAAGGUCAAAGAAACGUAUGGCGCAUUACGUAUUUCUGCCUGGGUGGAGAGUAAAGGCGCCUUCUACCAGAAUGCUGUUGGAAUUGAUGUUAAGAGUGAUGACGGCAAGUCUGUGGACGAUGACGGUGCGAGCCCUGGCCGGGGAUCACUGGGCACCCCCAUCCUCGCUUCCACCGGGUUGCGCCCUGCUGGCGGCCAAACCCUAAAUCAGACCACGGAGGGAGCGGGUAUUGCGAAGGUGCCGAUGAGGCCCGGACCCAUGGGUCUGGAGGAGAUCCGUGCUGUGGACGAUGAUGCGGCCAGUGAAGGCGGACAGAGCGCCAUGUCGGGCCAGUCAGGUAGUGGUGGCGCGGAGUACAAGCGCGGCAGGAGAUACCGCAAGCUCGUGAAACUGAUGGACUCAAGCCAGGCGCAGCAGGUUCAAAAGAUCUUCCGCACACGGGCCCUGGGCACCGUCGCGCUGCUGGCUAGCGUUCACGUUAUCUGUUUCGUGCUCACUGUCAUCGCUAUCCAGUCGCAGCGCACCCGUAUGCUGCAGCUCAGCCGCGCCGGCGAGUGGCAGCGCUACAUGCACCAGAUUCUGCUGGACGUUCGGUCCCUGGACGUCAUCUCAAAAAACAAGACAAUCCCAUGGCUUUAUACGAAGGCUGAUGCACCGACGUUUGUGGACCGCAUUGCAACGGACGCUGAAGAGUUGAAGGUCCGCCUGAAUGAGAUCAUUAAAGCCUACCAUGAUCCAGAUUCGCCUAUGCUGCAGCUUUUCUUCUACGAAACCAGUUCUGUUUGGAAUGCAAACGAAGCUGACGGCUCCGACCAGUACACUAACCUGACGACCUGGGACUUUUCAACGCGAUUUUACGCUAUGGCUAAAAACAUCGAACAAUACUACGAGGACUGGGUGCGAGACGGCGUGUACAUAGCUGAUACAGCCCCCGGACAGUUUCUCCUGAAAAGUGGACCGGACGUUUUUGACGUUUCAAGAAAGAUACUGGACGCCUUGCUAUAUGUUGCGGUGGAUAACGCACGCUGGGUUGAAGGACUGCAGUUCAUUUUUCUAGCGGUGGAGGGAGCCGCCAUCAGCUGCCUGUCCGCAUUCUAUCUGGCGUAUCUUUUACGUGCCGUAGCUACGCAACGGUACAAGCUAUACGGCAUCUUUUUAAUCAUUCCUGUGGGCCUGACUAGAGCGCUGUCGUCCCAGAACGCCAACCUCGAUCUGGAUGAGGACGAAGAGGAGGAUGAUGACGAAGACGAAGUGCCCACAGCACAUCACGAAGCGCCUGAGGGGGAGGGAGAUGGCGGCGCUCCUGCUGUACAAAAGCUCAAGCGUCGUGCUACCCUGAAGUUGGCCACAGGUCCCGACGGAUCCACUCCUUCCGCAGGGGGUUUAGGCAAGGACAAGUCGCUCCGCAGCCGCAACACCAGGGGCGGCGAUACUGGGGGCGUAGACAGAAUGCCCAGCCGUGGAGAGGCUCCUGAUAAGCGCAACGGUGUGGGACUUGAACGUACUUUGACCGGAGAGUCUAUGGACGGCUCCUGGUGGGCUUCCCUGUUCAGUUGCUGCCAGUCCGGGCAAAUCUGGCGCCAGCUAGUGAGGCGGAGCCGCAGUACUGUCACACCACUUCCACAGUCCAAUGCCAAUGGCGGCGGGUCGUCACCCCAAACGGGCGGCGGCAAGCGAGUGCUCAAGUACAACUCCAACGAGACAAUUUUUAUGAUUACGCCCUUCAUUGUCUGGUCUGUGCUGGUCAUCACUAUCUACGCAAUCGCGGUUGUAAUGAUGAGGAACGUGGUUGAGGUCGUGGCUGUUCACUCAGUCUCCAAUUUUCUUUCGGCAAGGACGUUGAGAACGGUCUUCUUCUGUCAGGAAGUUGCUAUCGUGGAGGACCCCUCGCAGCUGCUGGAAAAACGUGCCACCCUGUUCUCAGUUAUGAAACUCGUCAAGGACGCCUGGUACACGCUGCAGCUGGGGAAGGAUGCCUACAAGGCAGCUGGACCUGACACAGAGGUAUUCCCGCUGGUGAAGACUGGUCUGGUAUACAGUACCCCGGGCAUAACGGAUCUCUUUUAUGGCACUGGCGCCUGCCUUCGCACCGGGAACCACCUGCCUUGCCCGGAUUCCGAUUACCGUUUCUACCGUAUGACCCAUUCCGGUCUUGAUAGCAUGAUGCAGCAGUUCAUCCUCAGCCUCUCAGCUAUGGCCACCAACCAGAGCCUUGUGCCGGAGGGGCUAGAGGACGAACAUUUUGACUACGUGUACAGUGUUGGUUCCAAGGACCUGUUGGAUGGAACCACAAAGCUCGUACAGGCGCACUACACGACCCUUCUGGACCUCUUCUCAAACAUCAUGGUUCUCCACAUCGUGUUGUUCCUGAUGCUGUGGGUGGUGUUCAUCUGUUUCCUGGUCUUCCUGCUCAACCCACUUAUCAAGAGGACGACAAAGGAGCGGCGGCGCAUCGCUGAGUUGAUGAGCCAGCUGCCCCUGGAGCUGGAUGUGGAGAAGCUGGUGGCGAGGGCGCUGGGAACAGCAGCAGCCAACAACAGCACGGCGCCAGGGGGGGCCCCAGGAGGAGGCGGUGGUAGUGGCGGGCCAGGAGGAGGGACCGGGGGACCCCCGGACCGCACCCACAGCUACGCUGACUUGGGUGACGAGUCCGUUCAUGCGGGUACCGGAGCAGAGGCAACAAAGUGGAAAGCAAUUAUCAGGGCCGCGAGCUCGCUUAGUGGCAAGAUGCCACAAGGCAGCAUCACACGCCGUAGGUCGUCAUUUGUGGCGCCCCAGAACACAGCAUCGCACCUUCCGUGAUUCAACGUUCCGAGACAUCUUCAAAUCACGAAUACCAACUCCAGCGUGCAAAUACCCUUCAUCGAAAGUAACUUAGCUUCAGGUUUGGUCGUGGCUUCAUCCGGACCAAUCAUCCAAUCAGUCAAAGCCAACAUUAUUUUAUUAAUUGGCUGCCACCGAUUUUAGCGGAUGGGCGCAGUCAACAAGCAUAUACGAACACAGUCACGCCUGCACGAGUAUCUACUGCAUGCAUGACUCUGUGCUGCAUGGGAAUGCACACCGGUGUGGUAUGCGCACUGGAAUGACCGUGGAUUUAUGUAGUACUCGUGAAUGGUGGACGAACGUGCAAUUUGCAAUACAAUACCGCGCGACCGAGUAGCCGAAAAACAGCGCUCCUGACAUGUACGGCCGGUGGCCUUGCUUGGAUGGUGGCCAUAAUGAGUUGAUCACGGUCGAUUCAUCUUCUCCGAUGCUCGGCUUUGGUAUUUCAUGUUUUGGAGCGCCCGAAGGGUCUAUUUUAGAGUUGGCGCGGUGAAAAACCUCUCUUGGACGGUGAGAAUAUACCUCGCUGGACUGCCUGUUUGCGCACCUCUUUCGCAUAAUUUUCUGCAUUGCUGUUUAGGGUUUUGGUGCACCAAAGUUAUGCACCAAAAUAUUCGGAUGUCAAAUGAGUGACGUUUCACUGCGAGCUGUGUUUUUCCUGUCAGAGGUAUUACUUCAUACCAAUCAUCUGUUUCGUACAGCGUUUUCGACGACUGAUUGAGACAGGGUUAUUGUUUAUCGCAACCAGAAGCGGCUAUCUUGCCGUUCCCAUGGUGCGCCUCCUCCACCGUACCGUAAUGGAGUGGUUUUGUCCCGAGGUUUUGUGUGAUAAACUGCUGCUUGCCUUAUUUCCCUUCACGACAUUUCACAUUGGUGUUGGGUUUGUGCCAUCAACGCCUGACAACCAAGUCUUUUACGGUGAAACCUGCUAUCAUGCUUCUUUAGCAAUAAGGAGUGUGCAUCAUUUGACAGGACUAGCGUACGUGUCCAUCGUGAGUGUGCACAUUACUAAUAAUAAGGAGAGCCUCUUUUGGAAUUCACGGGUGUAAAAUUAUCGACAUCUCGUUCACUGAUUAGGAAGCGGAAGUUACACUGGAGGACAGAAGCUGAGAUCAUUGUCAGACGUAGG